AUGAACGGCUACGGCUCCCCCUACCUGUACAUGGGCGGCCCGGUGUCGCAGCCGCCGCGGGCGCCCCUGCAGCGCACCCCUAAGUGCGCUCGCUGCCGGAACCACGGGGUGCUGUCCUGGCUCAAGGGCCACAAGCGCUACUGUCGCUUCAAGGACUGCACCUGCGAGAAAUGCAUCCUGAUCAUCGAGCGGCAGCGGGUCAUGGCGGCUCAGGUGGCGCUUCGCCGGCAGCAGGCCAACGAGAGCCUGGAGAGCCUGAUCCCGGACUCGCUGCGGGCUCUGCCAGGGCCACCGCCGCCGGGAGACGCCGCGGCUGCCUCCGCCUCGCAGUCGUCGCCAGCUUCCCAACCGUCCCAGCCGCCAGCGCCACCUCGUCCCGCCGCCGAGCUGGCUGCAGCCGCCGCGCUGCGCUGGACCAACGCCGCCGAGCCCCAGCCCGGGACGCUGCCUGCGCAGCUCGCCAAGCCAGAUCUGACUGAAGAGCGACUUGGGGACAGCAGUUCCGCAGACAACGCCGCCGCGGAGACCUUCAGUGACAAAGACACCGACCAGAGGAGCUCCCCAGAUGUGGUCAAAGGCAAGAACUGCUUCACUCCUGAGAGCCCCGAGAUUGUGUCCGUGGAUGAAGGGGGAUACGCCGUGCAGAAAAACGGGGGCAACCCAGAGAGCUGCCCUGACAGCCCCAAGUACCACGCGGAGCAGAGUCACCUUCUGAUAGAGGGCCCGUCGGGGACCGUCUCUCUGCCCUUCAGCUUGAAAGCCAACCGGCCACCCCUGGAAGUGUUGAAGAAAAUCUUCCCCAACCAGAAGCCCACUGUGCUGGAGCUCAUCCUGAAAGGCUGCGGGGGCGACCUGGUCAGUGCGGUGGAGGUCCUGCUCUCUAGUCGGUCCUCGGCUGCCGGGGCGGAGCGGACGGCCGAAGAGAGCCUCGUGCUGCCCUCCAGCGGCCACAUCUUUGAACACACGCUAGGCUCCUACCCCAUCUCUUCCUCCAAGUGGUCGGUGGGCUCCGCCUUCCGAGUCCCCGACACCUUGCGCUUUUCGGCGGACUCCAGCAAUGUGGUCCCCAACCCCUUGGCCGUGCCCCUGCAGCAUCCUUUUCCCCAGCCACCCCGGUACCCACUGAUGCUGAGGAAUACUUUGGCCAGAAACCAAUCGAGCCCCUUUUUGCCCAACGAUGUCACCCUGUGGAACACCAUGACGCUGCAGCAGCAGUACCAGUUGAGGUCCCAGUACGUCAGCCCCUUCCCUAGUAACUCCACCAGCGUCUUCCGGAGCUCGCCCGUGCUCUCCUCCCGCACCACGGAGGACCCUCGGAUCUCCAUCCCCGACGAUGGGUGUCCAAUCGUGACAAAGCAGCCCAUCUAUACAGAGGAUGACUAUGACGAGAGGUCCGAUUCCUCGGACUCCAGAAUACUCAACACAUCAUCCUAA